AGCACUACUGUAAGUGAGAGCGGUAAAAUUCAAAUGCUAUAUGUAAUUCAUUUUAUAUUUACGAAUAUAAACGCGCGAAGUGCAUGGAGAAAUUCUAUUUAUUCUUUACUCUAAUCAAACACGUAUAUAAAUAAAGAACCAAACAAUCAAGAUAUGUAAUCAUUUACAUAAAUAAGCAAAAGGUACAAUGGAAUGACGUCACCGUUGAUCGACCAAUACAAGCUCGUUUUCUAAUCGAAGAAUAAAAGAAAAAUCGUAAUCUCAGGGUUCAGAGAAUCUUUCCAAGCGGAAAUUGUAAUGCAAUAUUUGUUUUGGAAGCGGUUUACGGGACCAGGAGGCCAUUACGGGUGCUAGCUGUCAAAAACCUUAAUAUUAAUGCUGAUUAUCUAACAUCUAACAUAUAACCGAUAAAAGUGAUUAAUUUGUUUAUUGAACAAUGGAAAAGCAGCCAAUAAAUCCCGGGGCUGCCAGGUCUGCACCUUAUUCCGCGGCUACUGCACCUAAAUCAACUUCUUCUUGGGAACCUCCUCCUUCGUACAAUUCUGCUACUCAAGGAGAAUCAACUUCAUGGCCUCCACCUCCAGGAUAUUAUCCUAGUACAGGAACAGCUACAAAUUCCAAUUAUGUUCCUUCAUAUGGUUCUACGCAAUCAACUACAGUGGUUAUGCCAGAAAUCAUUUUAGUUGGAGGAUGCCCUGCCUGUAGAGUAGGUGUAAUGGAGGAUGAUUUUACAUGUCUGGGAUUAUUAUGUGCAAUUCUGUUCUUCCCCUUCGGAAUAAUUUGCUGCUUGUUGUUAAAAACACGACGUUGUUCCAACUGUGGUGCCUACUUUGGUUGAUAUGUUACUGUUAUACAGUAACAUAAUUUCUGUGAAAUAGAAAGCUAGAGGUACAUUAUUAGGCUAAUUCUGAUGUGGCUAUAAGUACGUGAACAUUGAAUACGAAAACAAGUAUGUUAAACUGAUUUGUUAUUGGUAUUGUGCAACUAUGAUGAUCUGAACUAUUUGAAUUUUCAAUAGAGUAGAGUGAACUGUAGUUGAUAUUUCAUAUUUCACGUAUUCAAGGUUUUGUAAAUUUAAAGAAAAUGUAUAGUAUUUUGUAAAUGUUAACAAAGAGUUCUGAUUAACAUUGUUGCACUUUAUUAUUAUUAGCUGUAAUGAUUUUAUAAUAAUAAUGAUAAUAACAGCAAACGAUUUAUAUUAUCAUAUAUUUUAAAAUGUUAUUAUGAGAUAUUUUAUAAGAAUUAUCAUCCCAUUAGAUGAUAAGAAAUGCAAUGAAAAUUAUUAUAUUAUUCUAUACAAAAUAUUUAAAAAUCAAAAAAGGACUUAUAGAAAGUCUUCCAAAGCAGAUUUCAUACGAGCUUUAAAUAAUUAAUUGAAAUUAUUUUGCAUAAAUAAUUUCAUUAAUGAUUAUGUAACCGAUACAUUUAACAGUGUUCUUGCAAUUGUUCUUUUUACUAAUGUUUCUUGGUGCAUAAGUGUUAGUAGUAUAAUUAGAGUAAAGUACAUGUAAAUGUUUGAAUCUCAGGGGAAGCGAUAACAGGCUGUUAUUGUGAUACUUAGCUGUAAUGAUUUUUAUAACAGCAUGAGAGGAUGAGUGUAAAACGGCUAAUGAACCGAAUUAUUCGUAUCACGAUUUAUAUUUUUAUAAAAAAAAAAAAGAAAACAAUAUCUGCGGAUAUCGGAACCAUUUUAAUAAUGAAAAGUGUUUGUAAAAAUUGUUACUUCAUUAUAUUUUUAUAUGUACUGUACAGAAUUGUAACAGCUAUAAGCAUUUUGGGAUAACUUGCGUGCUUUUAUUUUAAACAAACUUCGAGAAACUUUUUAAUCAAUGGUAUUAUAAUACAAAUUACAAUUUUUAGAAGUUAUGCUUGAACGCUUUUUAAAGAUUACGCUACCCAGGUUCAAACGAUAGAAAUAAAGAUGUUAAAGAUUACUGAGAGGCAUCUAAACAUAUCCGUAAAAUACUAAGUACCUGAAAAUAUAUAAUAUUUUUCUAAUUAAAAGGACUACCAGUUCACCUGUAGAAGAUAUGCUUGUCUAGAAACAUAUAUUCUGUAAGAAACUGUUAUUAAAAUUUAUAAAAUUAUAA